AAUAGCAGUAUCAGCGAGAAGUUAGGGUUUUUAUUCACAUUUGCACGCAGACAUUUUUAUUCCUUCAAAAUUCCACUUUCAGUCUGCAAAAAUUCCAAUCAUCAAAACCCAAUAAUUUAAUCAAUUAUUGGUGAUUGUCAAGUAGUGAAGAAUAAUACUAUUAUCAACACUUCGUGCAUGGUAUUUUCUUGCUUCCAUAUAGUUAAGCUCCGUCUGAGUUUUCUGCAGGUGUAAUCAUGCCAUGCUUGUACUCGUUUUAGUGGAAUUGUUGUAUAUAAUUGAUUUUUGCACUUACCAGGUGCAUUUCCGAAGGACAUGUGGAGUAGUCCGAAGUAGCGAGGCAAAAAGUCAAUCUCUUGGAACUAGACAUGGAAAAAAUGGAGUAGUUACUUGAAUUGCCCCUUUUACUUUGAAAUUGAGAAUUGGCAAAUGCAGGGGUCCUUUUGUUGUGGGGCCAAAUGGAGUAAUUACUGUAGCUUCCUCGUUUAUUUUGAAAAUUGAGAAUUGAUAUAAGCCAGCACCAAUAAAAUACCUUGUGAGUCUUGUGAAACAUAGCUAAGACGGGGUCCCUUUGUUGUGUGGCUGCAAGGCCACAUGGGUCCACUGCAGCUAGCGGAGAAUGGUCCAUGGGCCCACACGAGCCCUACUGGCGGACUAAUUCAAGCUUCUCGCCAGCACCAUCAAGAUGGGAUUUCCGCUUCCAACCUGAAGCAUUAUCUUUUGGGUCUAAUGAUGGAGUUCAAUUGUAUGGAUCUUCCGCGUCGUCAAACAGUAGAGAGAGUAGAGGUUGGGUGAGGGGAAACCAAUUGGCCAAUCACCAAUAUCUCGUAUCAGAUGGUGGUGUUGGUGCAUACUAUAGUAGUCCGUCAGAUAUCUCUCCUGCACAACAGUGGACUCCACCAGCUAUCCAAGAAAUCAAUGUUGAUGAUUAUGGUACUUCAAGGAGGGAUGCAAUCUUGAGGCCAUUUUCAUUUUCACCCACAAUGGAGGGAACAUCAACUGCUAGGGAUGGUGGAGGCUCAACUUCAUCCCGAUCUGACAAUAGUGAUUGUGAUUCAAUCACCAAGUCCCAUUCGUCUCAUCGUAGCUUCCCAAGUCGCCGUUUCUUUAUGUCUAAACCCAUACAUCCUCUGUCAUUUCCAACUGAAACACCUAGAAGAGAAGCUAUUGACAGCCUCUCACCUGGUUUUUUAGAACUUGAUACCUCAACACCACAAAGAGAUAAACACCGCUUGAGCAGUGCUAGUGGCAGUCUUGACCUGACAGAGGCUUCAGAAUCCUUUCAAUCUGAAUUCCUAAGUAAACCUUGUAACCCUUCAGAUGGCUUCAGAUGCGGGUUAUGCGAGAGGCUUCUCUCGCAGAGAUCGCCUUGGAGUUCUCGACGAAUUGUGAGAAGUGGAGAUAUGCCAGUUGCUGGGGUUCUUUCAUGUCUCCAUGUAUUUCAUGCUGAAUGUUUGGAGCAAACUACACCAAAAUCAUGUAAAAGUGACCCUCCGUGCCCCAUAUGCGCCAAGCUCGAAGAUGGUAGUUCUCCGGAGCAGCGACCUUUUUCCAAGUUCUUUCCUAGGCUUAAAACGUUCAAUGAAGACGGACCAUCCAAGCCUUGGGGCUGUUCUUAUUCCGGAGAUUGUGUUGAAGGGGCCUUGCAAGCACCAUCUCGGAGCACUAUGCUCUCACUAAACAAGAACCGGUUUAGGAAGAAUCUUUCUUUGAAGGGUAAUUUGGGAAAGGAAUUUCCAGGGAAAUUAAGAAAAACUAAUACAUUUUCAUCACAGCUAUUUAUUGGGUCAGUUGAUCAGGCAAUGGUGGGAUCUUCAAAAGCAACAGCAAGUUCUGGGAAGAAGUAAUAACGGAAUUUUGUAUAUAAUUGCAGGCUGAUUUCCAUGGCCUUCGGCCGUGGUUCUCCUAAAGCUAAUCCUGUUUAUUGAAUCAGAAUGUUUAAUGGCUUAAUCAUGUUGUAAAAUGUAAUGUAGAGGAAAUUUUAUUUGCACUUAAAGGGCAUCAAACAAAUUGCAUGUUUUGUUGUAAGUUUAAAACUGGUCUUGAUCAUUGUAUCAGAAUUUGUAUACCUAAUGUGGCGAAAAUUGUGAUUUGCAAGUUGUAGGCAUCAAUUGACUUAUCUUUUGUGCAUCAA